CACUGAUUAACAUCGAUAAACGAUGAUCAUCUCGCAAUAAUUUGUAAAUCGUCGAAUGUGGAACGGUGAUUUUUUGUUCAUUUUUUUGUGUUGACUCAGUUUACUGAAAUAUAUUUUCAGCAUUCAGUGAUAUUAGUUUAGCGCUUCAAAUAAUCUGAAAUUCUUUUGCAUAAAAAUCGUAGAAAAAAAAAUCAAUUUGCCAGUUCACCGCGCCAUUAUGAAUCAAGUCAUGGAUGCUUCUUCUAUUGACAUUAAGUACAAUGAGACACUGAGUGCGCGCUUGGAACAUCUCGUCGGCAACACAUUUUGUUCUGAUCUUUUGUUCGUUAUUAAUGAGACCAAAGAGGAAAUACCGGCACACAAACUGAUCGUUGCAUUGGCCAGUCCAGUUCUACACAAAAUAGUAUUCGGAAAUGAAACAUUUCCUCCGUCAGACAUUAUCACAGUGGAUGGCAUAAGUAGGGAAAAUUUCAUGGAAAUUCUACUCUACAUCUACACGGACAGAAUCAAUCUGAACGAGGAGAAUGUUAUCGACAUUUUCCAAAAAUCCAACUACUUCGGUCUGACGGGAAUCGAAUCACAAUGUUUAGAAUAUUUGGAGAUGCAUUUGUGUGUGUCAACCGUUCCAUGGAUUUACCAUCAACUCUUCUAUUCCGCUGCGACGGAUCUCCUCAAUAAGUGCCUACAAUACAUUCGAAUCCAGCCGUUGGAGUUUUUCGCCUCCGAAGAUUUCGAGAAGAUCAGUAUCGAUGAGCUGAAGUCAGUUUUCAAAUUGGAUGCCAUUGACUGCACUGAGGUUGACUUGUUCGAUGCAAUGAUUAGGCUAUCCCGAGCUCAUUGUGUUGCCACUGGUCGCGAAAUAACCGCAGAAAAUCAACGAGAAAUCCUCAACGGCACUGAAAAACUGUUGCGUUUGGAAUCACUAACUGAAAAGGAAUUCGAUAAAUGUCUUGCAAUUCAGAGAGAUUUCUACUUUACCGCUGAAGUCGACCGAAUUCGGGCAGAUAUCAGGAAUGCGGUCACAACAGUCCGAAGGAAAUGGUGCACGUUUCAAGACGCAGUUUGGACUGAAGUGGAUGAUUUAGAAGAAAUUGAACUUCCGGCGAGCGCCUUCUACACAGGUUCGAAUAUGAUUUUCAUUUAUCUUUAUUGCAAAGAAGGGGAAGAGCCUCAAGCUGCGGGCCACUAUAUUAACCCCGCCGCCGACUCAGACGCGAAAACAGAAAUUUUAUGCGGCAGUGGAUACAAAUGGCGUAAAUGUGUGAAUGGUGAGAUUCCACUUGGUGCCGUGUCAAUUUCGUUUACAGAACCAGUGUUCAUCGCACGAGGAUACGGUGACAAUAAUUCUAUCGGACUAGCGUGUAUGGAUGGUACGAUGAGAGUAUAUGAAUAUAUGAACACGUGUCCUGAAUUUGACAUCCUAGUCGCAGAAAAUGUGAAAAAUCCGUACACUGGCAGUGGUGCUCCGUCAGACGGAAUUUUCAUAGGCUACGACGACCACAAUUACAAAACAUAUUUGGGAAGAGCUUGGUAUCAAGGCGAUCUACUGCCAGCUAAAAUAAUAUUUCGACAACAGCGUGAAGCGUAUGUGUCGUAUGGUGGACACGAAGUAGAAGUCACCGAUUUCGACUUUGUGCGCAUGGAUCCUGGGACAUACGGAUGGGAACAAGGCAUGAAUGGAGAAGUACCUGAAAAUGCAGUUAUUGCGGGCUGCACGGUCGAAAACGAAAAUUUGUUUUUCGGUCGAACUAUGCAUCAUGGAAACUAUAUUCCCGGUAAGGUUCAUCGGUCGCAUGGUGUAUUGUAUGUUUCAUUUAGAGGUCAAGAGAUUAAUUUUCGAUCGUACGAAGUUUUAGUUCACCUUCGUGAUAUGUAAACGGCAACAUGUUCAUGCUUUCUGUGUUAAAAUCGUCUUUGCACAUAAAAUGUUUCGAAAAAGUUGA